CUUUCCCUCUCACGGCGCAGCUUCUGCUCUCCACCGCAUUUUGCAUGAAAGUGGCAUCUGUGAGGAUUACCCAGCUCCGGGGUCCAAUUUAAAAUAAAAAAAAAACAAGGAUACUGUCGCUCGGGUGCUAAUUCUGACUCGAGGUGAAGACAUGGGCUCCGUUUCGAACCAGGAAUUCCCAGGAGUUUGUAAGACCGAGGAAGAUGAGGGACCGAGCACCGAGGAAGACUCGCAAUCCUUCCACGGCGUCGGCGUGUGCAAGUGGUUCAACGUCCGCAUGGGCUUCGGGUUCCUUUCCAUGACCGCCCGGGAGGGAGAGCCACUGGAGGAGCCGGUCGAUGUCUUCGUCCAUCAGAGCAAGUUGCACAUGGAAGGCUUCCGCAGCCUGAAGGAGGGCGAGGACGUCGAGUUUACCUUCAAGAAGUCAUCCAAGGGCCUAGAGUCUCAGCAAGUCACGGGACCAGAAGGUAUCCACUGUGUGGGCAGCGAGCGGAGACCCAAAGGCAAGAAGCUCCAGAAGAGACGUUCAAAGGGAGACAGGUGCUACAACUGUGGAGGCCUUGACCACCAUGCCAAAGAGUGCAAGCUGCCACCGCAGCCCAAGAAGUGCCAUUUCUGCCAGAGCAUCGACCACAUGGUUGCCAACUGCCCAAUCAAAGCACAACAGUCCUCGCCGGGCUCUCAGGGAAAACCGUCCUCCUUGAAAGGAGACGAGGAGGAGCACAGCCACUCGGCACUGCCUCCGGAGACCUCAGAUUAAAGGGAUGGAAUCGGGCACCACUGACACCGGGGAAGCACAGAGGCCAAUCAAACUGCUUUGAUGGAGGGACGGGGAAUCAAACGAACCCCUCUCCACCUGUCGAGGCUGCUUUUGGAACUACCUCAGGUUUAAAAAAAAUACUCAUGGAAAAUGUUGCUGAAGUUUUUUGAUUUGUUUUUUGAUUUCAUUUGGUGUAACGCUCAGGAAUACUGCUGUAUUAUUGCACUCAGGACGCUUUCUAAAUGUAUGAAUCACUGCUGUAUUUUUGUUUGUUUUUUUAGGGCUUUGAGAUUGUAGUGAGUAAUGCCAUAUAACAGACUAUCUUACUGAGUUUUUGUAGAACCUUCAUUGUUUUAUGUGAUAUUGUGCCUCUCCUGUGGGCAUUAUACCUCCUUGUUUUUUGCGUAAUACUCAGUCAGUGUGUUAGCUAUGGAGCUACACUUUUGCUGCCUUACCCUUUAGUCUUCUUCCUGACUGUUACACCUCACUAUCCGACAAGGCAGAGACAUGACAGAUGGUACCUCUGUAAUGAAUGUUAGCUUGCAUAUCGCAUGGGAAACGGGGAGGGUUUGUGAAAACAUAUGGGAUGGGUUUUAGGGUUUAGCUACAGGCAAUGUAUUGGCAUCUGCCAAUAUUGUAGUUGACCUUCCAGUUUUGCUGGGGCCAAAUGAAUGUCGGACCAGAAGGGGUUUUCAGCUCCUGGUCACCUUUUGUUUUGUCUUUUCAUUAUUUUAAUCCAGCGUUCUGCUGGCUGUCUAAAAGGUGCACUGUCUACCUCAUGGACACAUAUUUGGUCUGCUACUAAAAGUGUUCUCCUAGCCUCUGCUGGCAAACCAAAUAUCCUCAGUACACAGCUUUGGAUGUUUGAGAUGUGAAUUGGAAUUAAAUCAUAUCCUUUUGCACUACAGUAUUUACACAGGAUUGUCAUUGGUUGUGAUAUAUCAUUUUUUGAGUGAUUUAGAACUUCCUGAAAAUCUUGCUCUUGCGGAAAUCCAGUGGUCGGACAGCUCAGCUUUCUGACAUGUUCUGAACUCAGAAUAUUCUCUGCAAAUGUCUGAGACAAAAAGAAAGUCGGGAGAAAGUCCAGACCCAAGUAUAGCGAACUUUAUCACGUAGUUCCACUGCUCAGUUGUCAAACACGGACAUCCAACCCUGACGUUGGAAAGGUGUGCAGAUACGGGUGUUUUUCGACAAUCCAACAGGCCCUUUGGACGGAGUAUUCUGACCACUUAAAAGUGUGGGUAGGUGUUGUCUGUUUUCCUGGGGAGCGUGAUGUUGUGUGGUGCUAUAGCUCCAUGCUACAUUGUAGGAAAACAUGUUAUCGACACUAUUUUGUUGAGCAAGCAAGAUUAUUAGACUGGGUCUAGUUGAAGUUCCAACCAGAGAAGGCAAAUGCUGCUUUUCAAUCUGGUGUUAAAUGGCUCUUCAACCUUUCAGGGAGCUGGAAGCAUUACGAUGAUGAACUUUCCACAAAUAGUAUAUUCUGAUUUAAUUGCUGCUGUGUUAAGGGCUGCUGAUUUAUUACCCAAACUUGGAUUUGUUAGAAUUCCAACUGUGAUACGAAAAUCUAUACAUGUACAACAUAACUUCUACUAAGAUACCUGACCUGGACUGAGUAAGUGAGAUGUCGAACUAGCUCUCCUCUUGAUACUUGAAUAAAAUGAGGCAGAAUCCGACAUGACGUUGCCAGUGGGAUGGCUGGUGUUUUUGUUUAUAUCCAAUGUGUUCCAUUUCUAGGUAGUUAUUUAAGACCAUACCUCCCUAUGACCCUUAGUAGGGUGAUAGUUCAGGAACACCGAGCCUGCGCGGAGGAGCAUGUAGAGAUAGCUAGCUAAUCAGCGUUUUACUCCAAUUUUACAGGAGAAGCUGAAGAGACUUUUACACCCAAUUAAUAUAUAUGU